AUGCAAUCAAUAUAUAAAGAAGAAGCUUUACCAUUAGUUAUUUUUGACUAAUAAUCACGAACAUAUAGUUUAAAUUCAGAAACAGUUCAAUUUAUAAAAUAAAUUCCAAAACCAAUUGGAGUAAUAUCAGUCGCAGGUGCAUAUAGAACCGGAAAAUCAUAUCUUUUAAACCGAAUGUUACUUAAUAGAAGUGGCGGUUUUGGAGUAGGGCCAACUGUAAAUCCUUGCACAAAGGGUAUUUGGGUUUGGGGAACACCUAUUAAAGGAUAAACUUCAGAUGGCGAACCUAUUAAUGUAUUAAUUAUGGAUUCUGAAGGAAUAGGGUCAACUGAUGAAGAUUAAACUCAUGAUACAAGAAUUUUUUCUUUAACUAUUUUACUUGCCUCUAGUUUUAUUUAUAAUUCUAUGGGUUCUAUUGAUGAAAAUGCAUUAAGCAAUUUAUCUUUAGUUGUAAAUUUAACUAAGAAUAUUCAUAUUAAAUCAACCGAUUGUGAUUAAAUUGAUUAAGAAGAGUAUUCAAAAUAUUUUCCGAAUUUCUUCUGGAUAAUAAGAGAUUUUUCAUUAUAAUUAGUUGAUUAAGAAGGGGAAGCAAUAACCUCAAAUGAUUAUCUCGAAAAAGCACUUUUAGAAUAGAAAGGCUUUUCUGAUGAAGUAGAAUAAAAAAAUAGAAUACGUAGAUUAUUAACCACAUUUUUUUAAUAAAGAGAAUGUUUUACAUUAGUACGUCCUUUAUUGAACGAGUAAAAUUUACAAAAACUAGACAAAAUGGAUCUAGAUUAAUUAAGGCCAGAGUUUUUCGAAUAAGUAAUAUAAUUAAGAAAAAGAGUUCUGUAAAGAAUAAAACCAAAAAAAUUAAAUGGGAAAUCUUUAAGCGGAGAAAUGUUAAUGACUUUAUGUAAUUCUUAUUUAACAGCAAUAAAUAAUGGAGCAGUUCCUAAUAUAUAAAAUGCUUGGACAUAUGUUUGUUAAGAUGAAUGUUAAAAAGCUUAAUAAAAAUCAUUUGAAUAUUAUGAAAAAUAUUUAAAAGAAUAAGUUUUUACUAAAAUUCCUACAACAUUAGAUGAAUUAAAAUAUUUAAAUAAAUAAGCUAAAGAAUAAGCAAUAGAAAAUUUUAAGAAAAAAGCUGUCGGAGAUGUUGUUUAAUAAUAUUAAGAUGAUCUAAUUAAAAAAAUAAAAAAUAGGUUCUAAUAAAUUAAAACAAUUAAUGAAAAAGAAUCAAAUAAUUAAUGCUAAUAAUUUAUUCAAAGGGAAUUUUAACCCAUUGAGCGUAAACUAAAAUCUUGUUAAUACGAAUCUUUUUCUGAAUAUGAGAAAGACCUAAAAUUUUUCUAAUAAUUUUUAGUAGAACAUGGACCUUAAACUGUAAAUAGAUUAAUAGUUUUUUUAGAUUUUAUUAAUAAAAUGACAACUGAAGGAGCAACAUAUUUUAUUAAGAAUUUCGAGUAGGAAAUAGAUAUAUAGAAAAAUUGUAGAAACGAUAUACAAAAAAAACUUGAAUAGGAAAUAUAAGAAAUUAAAGUUAAAUAUGAAUAAGAAAAGUAAAAUACUUAGAAUAAAUAUAUUUAAUUAUAAAAAGAAUAAGAAUAGCUAUUAAAUUCUUAAUAAAAAAACAUGAAAACAAUACAAGAAUUAGAAGAAGAUAGAUAAAAACAAGAGAAAGAGUUAAAAGAUUAAUUAAAAAAUGAUAAAAAUGAAUACUUUGAUAAAAUUGAAAAUUUAAAAAACAAACUAAAAACUCUUGAAGAGUAAUUAAAUAAAAGCGAAAGACAACUUUUAUUAAAAGAAAGCUAAUUUUAGAAAGAAAAAGCUCUUUUAGACCAUAAAGCAUCUCAUUUUGAAUAAUUAUGUAAUGAAUAUGGUUAAAAAGAGAAAACCUCUGAAAAUACAUUUUAAUCACUUUAGAAUGAUUUGAGUAAUAAAAUAAAAGAAUAAUAAAUCCAAUACGAAAAGACAAUAAAAUAACUAGAAAACAAAGUAAAUAUUCUAAAGGAUUAAAAUAAUGAUUUAAAUGAGAAAAUAAUAAAUAUAUAAAACAAUUAAUAGUAAUAAAACGAGAAUUAUUUAUUUAAAGAAAAAAAUUACCAAAAAAAUAUACAAGAGCUAUAAAAUGAGAUUUCAUUUGCAAAAAAGUAAGUUUCUGAACUUUCUAAUAGUGGUUUAAAGAAUUUAGAUGAAUUAAAAGAUUAGUAUAAUGAUUAAUUAUAAUAAUUAAAAGUUUAAAACGGAAAACUUAAUUCAGAAUUACAAUAAAAUAUAGAAAAAUAUAAAUAGGAAAAAACCGAACUCAAAUCAAACUACGCACUACUUUAAUAAGAAAAAGGCUUCGUUGAAUAAUAAGUAGAUGAACUUAAAAAAUAAUUGAUUGAAGUCAAAAAAGCACACGAAAGUACUAUUUAGGCUUUAGAAUUAGACUCAUAUAAUAAUAAUGAUACAGUCUAAAAUAAAUAAUAUCUAUAAUUAAAGGAAAGUCAUUUGAAAUAAAUUAAAUAAUUAGAAACUUAAAAUGCUUAGAUAAAAAAAAAUUUAGAAUGUUAGAUUGAAAAUUUAUAAAAAGAAUUGUAGGAAAACGACAUGAAAAAUAAACUAUAUAUAAAUGAAAGUGAAUUGAAAAUUUAAGACUUAAGUUGCUAAUUAAAUGAAAUUAGAGUAUAAAAAAAUAAUGUAGAUUAGAAAUUAAAAGAAGUGGAAGGAAUGCUUAAUUUAAAUUCGAAAGAUAUGGAAAAAAAAUUCCUUUUGAAAAUUAAAUAAUUAGAGGAAAAUAUAGAAAAUAUUAAGGAUAGAUCAUAAAACGAAUUAAGGGAAAAUCAAUAUAAAUAUGAAGAAACACUUGCUUAAUUAAAAAAUAUGUUUGAAAUUGAAAGAGAAACAUUAGAAAAAAGAUUACUUGAUGAAAAGUACUUUUUUUAUAUUUUUUUAUAUUUAUUACUUUUUUUUUUCCAAAGAGAUAAAAGAGAAAAAAAUUAUAAUUAAUUAAUUGAAGAAUAUGAAUAAAAAUUAAUUGAUGAAAAAUAAAUUCUAGAAGAUGAAAUAGAUAAUCUUCGUGAAGAUAUAAAGGAAUAUGAAAUAUAAAUAUUAGAUAUGUAAGGUCAAUAUGAACAUUAAUUAGAAAUAAAAUAAAAGAACAUAGAAAAUCUAGAAAAGACACUAAAUGAGAUUAAAUAAUAAUUACAAAAUACAUAAUAAACUUACCAAUAAUAACUGGAGUAAUUAACCUUUCAAUACACUACUGAACGUAAAGAUCUCUAAUAAAAGUAUGAAUAAACAUAAAAGUGCCUAUAAUAAAGUGAAAGUUUAAAUUAGAAUUUGAGCCAAAAACUAUAAAAUAGUGAGAAAAGUUUAGAAAAUAAAAAAAGGGAAGUUUAAGAAUUAAAGCAAGAAUUUUGUUAAUAAAAAUAAAUAUUAGAUGAAAAACUUGAAGAAACUAAAAAAAGAUAUUAAAAUAUCCAAGACGAAUAUUUAUAAAAUAAAAUUUCUUCUGAAAAAUAAGUAGCCCUAUCUUCUCAAUAAAACGAAUUCUACCAAAAAAAACUCCAAGAACUCGAAAAAAACAUCGAGCAAUCUUCCCAAAAAUACGAAGAACGUCUAAAACUCCAAAAAAUCGAAUGGACUAAAGAAAUGACUGAAAAGAUGUAAGCCUUAAAUGAAGAAAAAAUCAUCAUUGAAUAAAAAAUUAUGAACAUAAAAAAAGCAAAUAAAGAACAAGAAACUCUCACCUAAAAACAGCUUUCUGAAUUGGAAAAAGAAAACGCCAUUUUUACUGAAAAAAACCAAUUCUUAGAAAUUCGUCUAAAAGAAAACGAGGAAAAAUACGCAUAUGAGUUAGAAUAACUAAAAGACUAGCUUUCAAAGUCUAAAGAGUUCACCUCUUAAGAAAAAAGGUGUUUAAUUUAAGAAAUAGAAAAGUUAAAAUCCCAAAAUGUGCUCUUAGAUAACGAAAAACAUGAACUUAAUACUUCUUAUGAAAGAGAUAAAGUACUUUGGGAAGGUAAAUUUUCCUUCCUUAACUAAUAAAAAGAACAGGCCAAGUAAGAUUUAUUAGAAGCACAGAAAAAAUUUGAAUAAACACUCACUCAUUUAUAAAAAUAAAGACAGGCAGAAAAAAAUGAAAGGGAAUAAGGAGUCACUGAUAUGCUAAUUUAAAUUGAAAGAAAAUAUUAAACAUAAAUUAAUGAAUUAAAUGAAGUUUCUAACCAAAAAUUAUAGAUUGCGAACCUCAAAAUUACUAAAUUAGAAGCCGAUUUGAAAAACAAUGUAGGUUAGGCUUUGUUUGAGAGUAGAUAGAAGAAUUCGAGUGCUAUGAUGACAGAAAAAAGAAUGAUUGAACUUCUUGAAAAUGAGAAAAAAUAUUAGUAAGAAAUCGAAACAAUGAGAAAAGAAAGAGAAUAUGAAAAAAAAGAAUUUUAAAUUAAACUCGAAAAUGAGAAAGAAAUUUUCAAAUCUAAAAUAAAUACUGUAGAAGAAAAGUUUAAAGAUGCUGAAAGAAGACGAAAUCUUUUAAUUUUUGAACACGAAAAAGAAAGAGCUAAAUGGAAUUUAGAAAAAGAUCAUUUAAUUAAUUAAAAAAAUGAAACAUAAGAAACAUUGAAUAAAAUUGAAAAAAAAAAAGAAAUUCUUCUCAGAGAAAAUGAAAGAUUAAAAUCUGAUACAAGACAAGCAAGAAGUAAUGAAAAUGGAGAAGAUAAUAAUAGUGAGAAUUUAAAUAAUCAAAUAACUGCUAGUAUAUUAGAUAACUUGAACUUGAAUAAUUCAAGAGAAAAUAAUUAAAGUGGAGGAAGUGUUGGAUUUAUGAAUUUCUAUUAAGGAAUGUAAGAAAAAUAAAAUAGUUUAAACCAUUUUGAUCCUUUAGGAUUAAUAAAAUGGAAAUAAAGAUACACUAUAUAUGAUGAAUACUUCAAUCCCGAAAACGGUACAGUAUUUAUUUCUAUAGGCGGAGAAGGUUAAAUGGCAGGUAUAACAAACGGAAGAGGUUGGCUAAUAUAAUUAGCCUAAGAAUUCAGCGCCAUUGUAAUUUCAGUAGAACAUCGUUUUUAUGGUGUUUCUUAACCAUUUGGCUAUACAAACUAAUCUUAUUCUUUAGAAAAUCUAUAAUAUUUAACCGUAGAUUAAAGUUUGGCUGAUUUAGCGAAUUUAAUUUCAAAAAUAAAAUAGAAAAAAUUACAUAAAAUUUCAGAAAUUAAUCCUUUCAUCACAAUUGGUGGUUCAUAUCCUGGUGCAAUGAGUGCCUGGUUUAGAUAUAAAUAUCCUCAUUUAACAGUCGGAGCUUUAGCUUCUAGUGCUGUCGUAAAUGCUAUUGAAGAUUUCUAAAUGUAUGACUAUUAAGUAUAUUUAAGUACUAAAAAAAGCGGUAACUGGUGUCCACUAAAGAUCUAAUAAUUUAACUUUUAUAUUGAAAAAACAUUAAAUAAUACACUUUAUGCUAUUAAAUUAAGGCAAAAAUUUAAUGCUACAAUGCUUACAAAUUCUGAGUUCCUUAAUUUCUUUGCUGAUUUAUAUUCUGGAUUAGUUUAAUAUGGAUAAAGAACAUUUUUAUGUUCUAUAUUUUAAAAUACAACAAUCGAAUAAUAAAUUAAUCGAUUAGCAGAUUAUUCGGCUGUUAAUUAAACCGCAAUAAAUUAUAGUACUAAGACUUUGUUUAAUACUACUUAUGAUCCUAAUCAGGCUUAGAGAUAGUGGACAUUUUAAACUUGCACAUAUUUUGGAUUUUUUUAAACUGCUAAUUAAAUUAAUCCAAUGAGAAGUUCAAAAGUUAAUCUCAGAUUUUUUGAAGAUUAAUGUAGAUAAGUUUUUGGUUAAAAUUAUGUACCAGAUAUAAGUAUAACUAAUAGUUAUUUAGGAGGACUUAAUUUAGAAGCUACUAAUAUUGUAUUUACUAAUGGAAGUGAAGAUGGGUGGAAAUGGGCUUCUUUGACUUAAAGUAAAGGAAGUAUGGUUUCUCUUAUUAGUGAUUGUGAUAAUUGUGCUCAUGGAGUUGAAUUAGGCGUCCCUAAAAGUGAAGAUCCUGAUAAUUUAAAAAAUACGAGAAGAAUAGUUAAAAUUUUAUUUAAAUAAUGGAUUGAUUAACAUUUCUAAAAAUACUAGAAACCAAAUUUUUAAUAAAGAAAUUAAAUAGAGAAGUUCGAAUUUGAAAAAAAAUAAAAUUUUUUUUGAAAUUUUUAUAUGAUUUUUUUAGAAGAAAAAUAAAUAAUUAUAACUUUACUUCUUAUUUACUUAUUUAUCAU